CACAUCAACGGGCAACUUGCCGCCACCACCACCACUACCACCUCUUCCUCCGUUGAGCUCCCACUCAACCGACACAGUUACCCACCUUCAUCUACUCUAAAAAUAAAAAUAAAAAAUACCCGGAACCAAAGAAUCAUGCCCCCAAUCCGCACCAGUCGAAACCGUAAACCACCCCCAGAGGGUUUCGACGACAUCGAAGACACCCUACUAGAAUUCGCCAACAAAAUGAAAGAUGCGGAAAACGCCCCCCACGAGGGCAAACGCAAAAACGAGAGCACCUGGGCCAUCUUCCAGAUCUCGCACCAGCGCUCACGCUACAUAUACGACCUCUACUACGACAAGGAGGCCAUAAAUAAGGACCUCUACAACUGGCUGCUGAAGAACGGCUACGGCGACGCGAACCUCAUCGCCAAGUGGAAGAAACAGGGGUACGAGAAGUUGUGCUGUCUGCGCUGCAUACAGGCCAAGGAAAAUAACUUUAAUGCUACGUGCAUUUGUCGCGUGCCGAAGGCUAGGUUGGGGAAGGAGCAGGUGGUGGAGUGUGUCAGUUGUGGGUGUCGGGGGUGUGCCUCUGGGGAUUAGAGAGAGGGGAUGGCGGGGGGAAUGUAUUGUGUAUUAUAGCCUUUUUCUUUAUAUAUAUAUCUCUUUUUGUAACCCUUUCUUAGGAUAAGAUAGGAUAGGCUGGGUACAUUGCUGGUCUCGAAAUGAUCAUGAUCUCAAAAC